AAUGGGGAUAAUACCUACUUUGCAGGGCUGCUAUGAGGAUCAGUGGCUGUCAGGUAUUUUGGAGCUGCACGUACACAGCAUCUAGGCUACAUCUUAGACUUUGAAUUGGUGUAGCCCCAAACUGCUCUGAAGAGAUUAUGAGUAGCAAAUGAAAUAAUUUUAAUGUACAAAUCCUACCAUCUUCAGUGGACUGCCAGAGCCAGAGCUACUUAUUGCUUCCCUUCAGUUUACAAAUAAAAACACUUUCAGGACCUUGUUGGUAAGUAAGUCCCCAGCAAGGCUGCAGGGGUGGAUGGUAUCAGAGCCACUGCUUCAUAUCUUUGACCCCCAAACUACAUGGGUGCAGGCUAGUCAUGUGGAUUCUGAUCUGCAAGAUGGGGACAGAGUGGGUCUCUUAAUCAUCAGCCAAGGGCUCUUUAAAAGUAUUCAGCGGAAACACGGACCACGGACCACAAGAGAUAUAUAGGCAGCCCUUGCUGCUGUGAGCAAGCUCAUACCUGGAACAAAUCGACAGAGCAGCUCUGCUGGCAUUCAUCAGAACAGACACCAUGGCCGAGUAUGAGUAUGUAGAUCCUGGAUUCUUCCGCACUUCCAACAACAGCAGCCAGGCACAUAAGGACUUCCUGCAGUUCAGCCAGCUGUUUCUGCCCUGCAUGUAUGUGGUGGUGUUCAUCUGUGGCCUGGUGGGGAACUCCCUGGUGCUGGUCAUAUACGUCUGCUACCAGAAGCUGAAGAGCCUGACAGAUGUGUUCCUCAUGAACCUGCCCUUGGCUGAUCUGGUGUUUAUCUGCACUCUGCCCUUCUGGGCCUAUGCAGGCAUUCACGAGUGGAUCUUUGGCAGCUUCAUGUGCAAAACCCUGCUGGGCAUCUACACUUUGAACUUCUACACAUCCAUGCUCAUCCUCACCUGCAUCACUGUGGACCGCUUCAUUGCAGUGGUCCGUGCCACUAAGACCUACAACCAGCAGGCCAAGUGGAUGACCUUGGGCAAGGCCAUCUGCCUGUCCAUCUGGGUGAUCUCCCUGCUGGUUGCCUUGCCACAGAUCAUCUAUGGCAAUGUCCAUUACCUCGACAAGCCCAUCUGUGGCUAUCACAAUGAGGAGAUUUCUACUGUGGUUCUUGCCACCCAGAUGACACUGGGAUUCUUCCUGCCACUGAUCACCAUGAUUGUCUGCUACUCAGUCAUAGUCAAGACCUUGCUUCAGGCCCGAGGCUUUCAGAAGCACAAGUCUCUGAAGAUCAUCUUUCUUGUAGUGGCUGUGUUCCUGGUGACCCAGACGCCUUUCAACCUUGUGAAGCUCAUCCGCAGCAUGAGCUGGGAGUACAACACCAUGACCAGCUUCCACUAUGCCAUCUUAGUGACAGAGGCCAUUGCCUACCUGCGGGCCUGCCUUAAUCCUGUGCUGUACGCCUUUGUUGGCUUGAAGUUUCGGAAGCAUUUCUGGAAACUUGUAAAAGACAUUGGCUGCCUCCCUUACCUGGGGGUCUCAAGUCAAUGGAAAUCUUCUGAGGACACUUCCAAGACUUGCUCUGCCUCUCAUAAUGUGGAGGCCACCAACAUGUUCCAGUUGUAGGUCUUGCUGAUGCUUGGAGGCACUCCGAGGAAUUUUUCUUUGUUUAUAGCUUGCAGAUUCUCAUAGAGAAGUAGUCGGAUGCUGCAGCUGUGCUUCCUCUCAGGCAGGAACACUUUCUGUUCUCUUCUUGAACACUCAGGCCUAGAGCUCAAAGGGAAGUGUGAACACUGGAUGGGCUUUCCUUCCUUCAUCCCCAAGAAUGCUGACUGAAGGGAUUGAUGAGUGACUCUCGAGACCUCAGGUUCUCCCUCACUGGGACUGAGACCGGGACUGAGGGUUGAAGAAGCAUGGCUAACAAAGUUACUGAUGGCAGGUGACACUCUGGGCUCCUAAAUUCAGCAGAUUCUUGUGGCUACGGAAGCAGAGGAGAUUAGAGCAGCCACGAAAUUAGUGCUGGCCCAUAAGGCUCAGACUGCAAUUAUCAGGCACCGAACAGAACUGAGAUCAGGUUCUGCCUCACCUUGGGUUGGACUUUUACAUAGAUAGAGGUGUAUCUCUCUUUGAUUAAUCCCAGAAGGACUAGCACCAGGGAGUAUGAAUGGGCCAAACAAAUUACAGAAUUCCAGUGGUCCAUAGAGUGGACCAUAGAGUUUCUAUAUAGAAAAAUGUGCAAAGCAGAGUUUAAGACUAUUAGGAAAUCUCAACAGCAUUUCUAAAGGGGAGUCUUUGGUGGGUUUACUUAUUUAAAAACUGAAUUAUCCAAUGCUUACCACAUACAGAUAUAAGUCAUAUAUGAAUGUAUAUAUAACACACACAAUCAAAAGCAUAUGAUUUUCAUGACAACAAAUAAAACCUUUUUAAAGUCUCCAAACCAUUUUUAUCCUUACACACAUUUUACUUUAAUGUGUUACGCCUGGAAUAUACCCAAAGUGAUUACUUAUGGACACAGGAAAGAAGUUAAAAUUGUAAACUUACAGGGCAGUGCUUUACCAAGGCAAUGGAAUAUGCUAUUCACUGUGGCUGCCAGCCUGCUGCCCAAGAUAUGAAGUGCAUAGGGUUAGUCUCUGUAUUAUGGUC